GUCUAUGAAAACCCCCCAGUCUUUCCCCGAUCGAGGCGCUCCCAGUGGGCUGGAAAACCUCAAGGUGCCCCCAGCUCUGCAGAGGAAUGAUUCUCGUGAUACCGAUAUAUUCCAGAUUUUCCCCAUGGACGUUGACAACAAUCCCUUAGUCACGACAUACAGCGCAAAGGACAUAGGGAUUGAGCCUGAAAUUCGACGGAGCUCAUCGAUCUCAAUCCCUGUGUCUACGAAGGAGAAUGAACCAUGUAGUAUCGAAAGCCGAUCCUCUGCGACCAAAUUGAUCUUGAACGAGCCCAUCGUGAGCGCGGUAUAUGACGUCCUUAUUGAACCGACUCGUACAGAAAGUCCCAAUCGCGAGCUCUCUGAGAAGCCCCCAAAGCCCCCAAAGCCGGCUUUCCUGUCUGAAUUCGAAGUGCCUAUUUUCACUGUAUCCGAACAUGUUCAAUCAUCUGUGGCUGAUCCCAGAAUGACACGCCAGAAAAGAAAGUCCCUUGGCACAGAUCCUCAGAUGCUAGCACCGCGGCAGGGUAUAAGGGCUCCUUUGCGUCUAUUCAACCUAUCGAUGGGACGAUAUCAGGGACACGAUUCAAUAAAGCGAAUAAAAAAACCAUGGACAAAUCAGAGCUCCCCAUCCUCGCAUGUCCUUCCGCGUCUAAUACCAUGUCCAGAGACGACAAUACACGCUGUGAAAGAUAGCCCGAAAGUGCCAUUGCCGGCACCAUUUCCGAUUAUCGAUGAGUCGCUCUUCCGCCACAGCCUUGCAUUACCCGACAUCGCAGCAAGUAACGAUAUCCGGCUCCCUGCCUUUGACGGUUAUUGUCAAACCCUGCCACAUGGACGCCGUUCAUUCGGUGACUUUCUGGAGACGUACAUCCGCAAGCCCCUUCAAUCGACCUGGCUACAGACCAAGGAAAACGAGUGUGCUGUUGUUAGCUUGUUAAUUGGGCGGCGAUCUGAGCAGCAUUUGCUAUCCCAAUCCAUGUCUUGCUCGUUCCAUGUGCACGUCACUUGGCCGAUUGCGCAGGCCUAUGCUAAGAGCCGCGACGGUCUAAAAGAUACCUUCGUUUCUCCGUACAUGUCUACGGCACAUCUUUAUAGGGUCGACGUCAUUGUUCCACUUCUAUAUCUGCAAAUUAUGUCAUUACUCAAUGCUGCUUUCCUCCAGCUCAUCGGCUCUGCAGCCCCAUGUGCAGUUAUUGGCGUGCUCCACCUACUUCUGCGUUUCGCUGUAGUAUCACUUACUUUUCUCGUGGAAAAGAUCGGCGUCAAUGUAUUCGUUCAGGGCUGACAGCGUCUCAGAGAUACAGUGGUGUGCAAGAGCGGCAUUUGGCUGAUUGACUGAGUCAAGCACAAAAGUUUGAUUACAGCGAGAGUCUCAGUGAAAAAGGCAAUGACAAGGAGAGCUAGGGUUUUAUUCUUAUCUUGCUAUGAGAUUGUUACAUAGUUGUCUCAUGGCUAUUGAACCUAUGACCAUCAGAGAUCGAGACAGGGGUGCUGA